ACCAUUGUGUAUUGUAAGACAAGGUUUCUCUUGUGAAGGCGGCAUAAUAUUUUCAUACACAAGUAGUUAAUAUUAAUAAUCAGAACACCGAUAUGCAGAAUAUAAUUUCAGCGCAGAAGUGUGACAGGGAUCACAAUACUAAUCACGCAGAUUUUAGUAGCAGUAGCCUGGAGGAAGUCCCAGAUUGUGUUUUGAAUCAUUUUAAAUUUCUAAAGUUUCUGUAUUUAAACAACAACGCAUUGAAAACUUUACCGGACUGUUUGUUUCAACGUCUAAACUCUCUAAAAUGGCUCGACGUUAGAAAUAACCAUUUGACAGAACUACCAAGAACUAUUGGAAAUCAUCCGUUUCUGGAAGUUAUUCUUUUACAAGGAAACAUGAUCAGAAAACUACCUUUAGAGUUAGGACUGGUGCCUAAUUUAAGGGGAGUGCAGUUUACAGGAAACCCAAUAGAAUAUCCACCCCAAGAUAUAUUAGACAAGGGAGCUCAGUACAUUCUGAAAUUUCUGAAUGAGGAGUGGAAAAUUCAAUCUGAGUUAGAUAUAAGACCAAUUGUGGAGCCAUUUUACAAGACAGAAGAUGAAAAGGAAGGAACAAAUGUGACAUUUCACAGGGCGGAACGACUCAAAUCAAAAUCUGCAUUUUCCUUCAGUGAUCAUUUUAAGCAUUCUGUUCCAAUAACAAGAAGAUUAAAGACAUCUUUACCAUCACUAUCUGUUAUAAGUUACAGUGCAAAGGCAGAGGAUACUACAUUAUUAGUCCCAACAAAUUCACCUACUGGAAAUUCUGGAUAUGAGAUAUGCAACAUUUACAGAAAACAUUUUCAUUCCAUUGGCUGGAGAAUAAUUAACAGAAAAAGGCUUACAGUCAGUGACUUCAGACAGAGCAGUGAUGCAGGAUCAGCAUGUAAAGUGCCACCAGUUCUUAAGAACAACAAAAGAGGAAACACUGUCACAAGAGCUGAAUGUGAAAAGAAAGUUUAUGAAACUUUGCUGAGGGAUCUCUGGAUAGCAAAAAUUAAGUUUAUAUUGGAGAAACAAAAUGAAAUAAUACAGAAAAGAAGAAAUACUGAAUUACUCCAGCAGUGGAGGAAAGAUACAGAAAAACUGAAUCAAAUAAAUAGAAUGCACCUUGAGAAUUUUAAGAAACAUGGACUCAAAAUACCGUUUGAUACAGAUGAAGAUUAUAUGAAGAUACUCUCAAGAUCUGAAUUACAAAAUUCACUGUCAAGAGGAAGAGCUAUCAAGUCCUUGACCGUGCACCCAAUGAUAAAGUCUAUCUCCCAAGAAAUGUCAGAAAUCUUGUCAGUACUGGAUGCUGUAGCCAACAAAGACAUCCACACCUCAUUGGCGCCACACACAGUACAGAAAACUGCUAGUGAUGAAAUACAAAAGUUGCGUCAGCUCAAGAAGAAACUGUGGGCUCUCCGUCUAAAGUCAGCUGAAGACAGAGACUUCUGCACAGAAAGUAAAAGUGCUGCAUUAUCAACUACGAAAACAUCAAACCUUGAGAGAGAAUGAAAAUAUCACUUCUGGUAAAACUAAAGAACUGCAACUUUCAGUUUUAGCCUUUAUGAAAAUUUCUGGAAUGCAUUUCAUUUGUCAGUCAAAUCUAAGAUUAACAGCUAUGCAGAGUCUACAGAAAAAGUAAUUUCUCCAUUGUAUGUGAAUAUAAUAAUUCAUAAUAAUUACCCCCUAUCUUGUCCCACCACUGUAGGUAAAGCUGAAACUGAAGCCUAUAGCCCAUUUAAG